AUGCAUUACUUUCAAGUCAUUCUCUACGCUUCUGCAGUCAAUGCUUUCGCAUUUCCCAACAUUUUUCGUCAGAACAAACCAGAGCCAACAUGUCAAAAUCCAAUUAUUUACACUGUCGUCGAGUACCCAUGUGCCGUUGAGACAUUUGUUGCCUCGAACACUCUACUCACGGUUUCCAUGUGUAAUACGUUGAUCAGCAUCACAAAUGCGCCAACCUAUGUGUCGACGAUUGUCACUUCUGCGAAAACACUACCAUUCACUUCCACUACAACUUCUACGAUAACUGAAACCGUAUCUGUGGGGAAGACUCUCUCAACUACAGCCACUCUACUGGGACCGGGUCCUCCUGCCUCUACAGCUGCAUUUGCUUCGACAAGCCAGGUACUCUCAACGAGCACCACGAGCAGCACGAGCUUCGCGACCGAAGUAACUACAAUUCCAUAUGUCCCAAUGACUUCAACUCCUGUUGUUCCUGCAGUGUCACCGACCCCAACAACGCAAUCGUCUGCGGACUUGCCGAUUGUAACUUCAUCCCCUUCAACAAGUGUUACCUCCCCGAUAAUUCCGGAUAUCUCUACAUCAACAAGUCAGCUUGUACCAGCAGCUGUGUCCUCAACAGUCACGGUCCCUACUCCAAACUGUCUCCCUUCAACAUCAGAUUACCCCGAUGCUAACAACGUACCUGCAAAUACCACAUGGCUGCUUCAGCUGUAUUAUAUAUCAAACGGUAACCCUAUAAGCACUGGCGCUUACCUCACCAAUACAUCCUCCUAUACAUAUACCGCUGGUGAUGCAGUCCCUGUAUUCUUCAGUGAUGGUGUAUUGUUUGCCUUGGAUCCAACAUAUGGAAUUGGCUGGUAUGCGACAACAUCUCCAGCAGUAGACGCACCGUUCGCACUAUCGGAGUACCUUCCCAACUCUGGGUUGACGGCAAAAACUUUCAGUAUGGGGGCAAAUUACCCGUAUGCGUUGAGUUGGGACAACUGCGGAUUUUCAGACAGCCCUGCUACCUUUGUAUGGGAUGAAGAUGUCGGGGAAAUCUUCGUAGUAUUCGAUGGGAAUGAAAAUCAGGGAGUCAAUCAUGAGAAUAUGAUCCUAGGUCUGGUGCCGGUACCGACUUAAAGCCCUUUAUUCCUUAACAAUUUUUAUUGGUCCGAAGGCGAGAAAGAGAGACCGAAGAGCUGGAAAGCACGUCCGAAAAUAGUAGAAUGUGCAUUGUCUGCUCUUUGUUGCUCUCAUAUUAUGCACAGGUUGCGUUGAACUACAAUUGAGGAUUGGAGAAAGCUUGAACUUUUGCUUGACGCCGAGUUUGCCUGUUG